AUGUCUAAUAAGAACCUUUUUCUGAAAUCUGGAUUUAUUAGAGCCCCUAUACAAAACGGCGUGGGUCGUUUCGUUCCGCAGUUGCAAAGAAUUGUGCUCAAGUUCUGCAAAACCUAUGGAGCGAGCCAAGGUUUAAGAGAAUUCAUUGAACAAGACCUAGUGGAUUUUGCCAAGGAAAAUCCCAGUGUAGUGGUUUACCUGAAACCCCGUAGACAUAGAGGGCCUGUUAUUGUAGCAGAAUACUUAAAUGGUGACCGAGUAUGGAUGAGUGUGCAUAACAAAACACAUUCUGAAAUCACAAAAUGGAUAGAAGUGUUGCGUACACAGCAGGGGGACAUUUCUUCUCUUCGACUCCGUAAAUAUCAGUACACCGAUUAUCCAUCAGUACAAGGACCAUGGACACCGUUCACUUUCAAGGAUCCAGAAUUAAAUACGGCACAGUUGCCAGAUCCCCACUUUGGUGCUAAUGACCGUUUGCCGAUAACGGCUACUGAGAAACUGAGGUUGUUGUUUGAGAAACAGAAAUUGAGUGAUGUGAAGACUGCUGAAUGA